UCUGAAUCUGGUCUUCCCCGUCGUGAUUCCUUCCGCCCAUACGCGAUGCGCUACGCCUCGCCUUCCCCGCGGCUGAUCUCCCGCCUCCUCUGCACGCUGCCGCAGAAGCUCACUAACUUGCAAUUCCAAGUCCGCGAACGUGUCCUCAAGGAGGCGCGGUGCUGGCUCACGGAGUACCUCCAUUCCGCUCGCGCCAUCCCCUUCUCCCACGCCGACUCCAUCGUCUCCAACGCUCCCUUCUCCCUCUCCGCCUUUGUCGCCCGGAUCCCCUUCCCUCCAAGCGUCGUUGGCGUGGACUUGAAGCGCAUCUUCCGCCGCUUCCUCACAUACCACCCCCUCAACGAGUACGACUUUUUUUUCGAGAGCAUCGGCCUCCCUCCCUCCUCCUCCUCCUCCACUGCCGUUUCCGCCUACCCCAGUGACUUCCUUUCCGACGACGGUUUGCUCCUUGCUACAGCCUCGGCGCUGGUUCACUACGGCUUCCCUUGGACGAAGCUCGGCCUCCUCUACCGUGAGGAGCCCCGCAUCUUUUCAUCAGGCUCCGACAAACUUAUUCCCAGGCUUCUCACCUUCGAGGCCCGUGGCUUUCACCGCGCAUGCAUCAUCGGCAUUUGCCUUGCUUUCCCCUCCGCGCUGAGUGCAGAUGCUGACCCUGGUGGCGAAAUCGAUCACUUGUUUCAGUAUCUGAAUAAGGUCUUCCUCGACUUCGAUCUUUCACAAUCCGUCCCGGAAAACAAUGUGGACAUCUUCCUCCAGGUGUGUAGGAAUAUUCGUGUGUUCUAUGAUUUGGAUUCUAGAAAGGGAACGAUGGGCGAGCUGAUGUGCAAGAACCUUCGGAAGAUAUUUCUUGAGCUGGAUGCUGCGUUAAUAGCUCAAAAAUUGAAGUUUUUCAUCAAUUUAGGGAUGGAGGCUUCUGAAGCUGGGCAUUUCAUUCUUAAACAUGCUGAUAUUUUCAAUACCGAUUUGGAAAACCCUAGCAUUUUGAUGCCAGAGUAUCUCAAAUCCAUUGGUUUGAAAAAGGAUAAUGUCGCUACGCUGUCUGGGAGCUUUCCUUAUGUGAUGGGCAAGAAUAAAUUAGGGAAUUUGCCGGCUACCUUGAAAGCCAUGAAUCUGCACAAUUGGUUCCUAGGCAAGAUCUUGAAUGGGAAUCUCCAUUAUCUCUCGCCUGAAUUUAUUCUAACUAGCUCUCAUGACACAUCAUCAGAGAAACGGUUUCGUCAUGGUUUGGAAAGGCUAAAAUCAGCAAGGAUGAAUAAGUUUUUGGACAAGAAAGUGGAAUUCUUGCUGAGUAUCGGAUUUGGGGAGAAUGAGCUGACACUCAGAUCCGUAUCAGCACUCCAAGGCCCAAACGACCAACUGCAGGGGCGCUUCGAUUGCAUUCUGGGGCUGGGUAUUGAGUACUCCAUGGUUUGCAGGAUGGUAAAUACAAAACCCAUUAUAUUGAAGCAGUGCAAAAACACCUUCCGUGAGAAGGUGGAUUUCCUUUGCAAUGACAUGGGCUUCUCGUUGGAGUACCUUUAUCAUUUCCCUGCUUUUCUUUGUUUUAAUCUCGAGAACAGAAUCAGGCCUCGAUACAAAAUGCUAAACUGGCUUAAAGAACAUGGCUUGCUGAAUAAGUCCUUUUCUCCGUCCACCAUCUUAACAUAUUCUGAGAGCAAAUUCGUGACUACCCUCUAUCGUCUCCAUCCAGCUGCUCCUAAACAGUGGUUGGAGCGUCACUCAUACAGAGUUGACAGAGAUGGAAAUCAAAUAAGCUUAUUUUCUUCCCGACCUGUUCCUAAAGAUCAGGCUUGAAGAAUUGACAAAUUAAUACCCCUGGACUUCACACUCUUGAACUUGCCAAUGUACAACCCAGUUGAUUGCAGCUUUUGGCCAGUCUAACAGGCAGUCUUGAUCUCCGUUUUUUAUUUCUGCUAUCUAUUAAAUCAAGCAAUCUACUCUUCUCAAAAUGCCCCUAUGCUCAAAGGUAUUUGUCAUGCUAAAAAAAUUUAUUUUACAUGCAUGCUAAAAGGUUUUGUUUCACACAUAAUAGUUCUCUUCCUAAACUCAUGUUCCAUAAGAGCCUCAAUCAAUUGGCAAAAUAAUAAAUAUCUGCAAUUCUGUAGUAUCAGCUACAUCUAGAGCUCAUAAUAUUGAUGGAUCGUCUCAUUGUUGUGUAGUAUGAAAGAGAACUUUUCACUUUGGAAUCGCCUCUGCGAUUUAACAUGUAAGUUUUCUUAGUCUUGUAUGAAUGUAUAUUAGUGUUGUUACUUUAUUUUAAAAAUAUUGUGAUCUAUCCUUUUCUCUGUGCUUUUUUUCAAUAUAUAUGGAACAUUCAAGUUCCCAUAGAUGUU